GUUCCAGAGAGUUAAAUGAUUUAUCCAAGGUCACACAAGCUGGCGGGACCCUCAUGUUUCCGAGCCCUGUCCUGGGGCCAGGGUGGCUACUGGAGGCUGCUGCAAGAUCGAAGUUGGACCAUGGCCACCCCCAGAAAAAAUGUGACCGCUGGCAUCAUCAUCAUCGGAGAUGAAAUCCUCAAGGGUUAUACUCAAGACACCAACACCUUUUUCUUGUGCCGGACCCUUCGAUCCAUGGGUGUCCGGGUAUCCCGGAUCUCUGUGGUACCAGAUGAGGUGAUGGCCAUUGCAGAGGAAGUGGCUUCCUUCUCCACCAGAUUCACCCAUGUUCUCACCUCUGGGGGCAUUGGACCCACUCACGACGACAUCACCUUUGAGGCUGUAGCCCAGGCUUUUGGGGACAAACUUGAGCCCCACCCUGAGUUGGAAAAAGCUGUGAAAGCCUUGGGGGUCACUGGGCUAGAGAAGAUGGUUCGGGUGCCUUCCACUGCCCGUCUCCACUAUGGCACUGACCCCAAGACUGGAGCCCCCUUCAAAUUCCCCCUGGUUUCUGUCCGAAAUGUCUACCUCUUCCCGGGCAUUCCAGAGCUGCAGCAGCGGGUACUCAGGGGGCUAUCAGAGCUAUUCAAGAAUGAAGGGAUGCAGUUUCACCUUUGUGAGUUAUACCUGGCACAGGAAGAAUCGGCAGUUGCUUCCAUCCUCACAGAAGCACAGGCCCACUUUGGACGCCGACUUGGCAUUGGCUCCUAUCCAGACUGGAACAGCAACUACUACCGGGUUAAACUGACACUGGACUCGGAUGAAAAGGGAGCAGUGGAGGAAGCCCAGGCCUACCUGACAGCCCACCUGCCCCCUGGAAUCCUAGUGCCAUUUACAUCCAAUGCAGUGGAGCAGGCUGGGGAGGCUGUAUACAAGCUAGCCAAGUCAGGGACUCCCCUGGGGGAGAAGGUGACAGGGGCCUUGAAGACAGUGGAGGAGGCCCUUUCGAGGUACACCCUGGCCCAGCUAUGUGUAGGCUUCAACGGGGGAAAGGACUGCACUGCCCUCCUACACCUCUUCCACGCUGCUGUACAGAGGAAAUUCCCAGAGUCCAAGGUUCCGCUGCAGAUCCUCUAUAUUCGUGGCAUCUCCCCCUUCCCGGAGCUGGAGCAAUUUCUGAAGGAGACAGCCGAGAGGUAUAAGCUGCAGGUCUUACAGUUUGAGGGUGACAUGAAGCAGGCAUUGAGUGAACUUCGGGUACAGAACCCCAAUCUGGAGGCUGUGUUGAUGGGCACAAGAAGGACGGAUCCCUCAUCCCGAAGCCUCUCUCCCCUCAGUCCCACUGACCCAGACUGGCCCCAGUAUAUGCGCAUCAACCCACUACUGGACUGGACUUACAGAGACAUCUGGGAUUUCCUCCGUCAGCUGUUUGUUCCUUACUGCAUCCUGUAUGACUGGGGCUACACAUCCCUUGGCAGCCGGGAGAAUACAAAGAAGAACGUGGCCCUGAAGUACCAGGGCCCAGGGGGCUUCCCUGCCUAUCGACCAGCCUACCAACUGGAGAAUGAGAAUGAGGAGCGAAACUCACGGACCUGACUCUAGACUUGCUGUUAGGCUGGGGGACUCUCUGUCCCCAUCUGCUGCCCUGAUUGUCUCCCAACCCCAGCAGCCCUGCCAUCAGAGCUAACCAAUAAAUGGUGCCUGCUACUGUGUCUACA